AUGGGUAAGCUGCAGGUGAUUGAGAAGAAGUUCGAAUUUGGUUUUCGUGUCUUCUACAAUCUUUUUCGUCUACUUCCACUCAUCUAUUCAAAUACUUGGCUAACUUUGGGACUCACUGCAGUCACAAUUGCUGCUUCUGUUGGAAAUGAAAUCGUAAACUACAAGACCGGUGUGAUUCCUGGAAAGUUCUACGUGGCACUAAUUGAAAAAGAUGAACCUAAAUUCUGGCAUAUCUUCUGGGUAGCAUCUUUAUGUUACAUUGGAUUAUGUUUGCUAAUGGCAUUGAUGAACUUUUUCUCUUGGUGUCUCUACAUCCAACAACGUAAAAAUCUUGUUCAAUGUCUCCAUAAACUCUACUAUAGAAACAAUUUCUAUUACCAGUUGAACGGUGUUGACGACCAAGGAAUUGAUAACCCCGAUCAAAGAAUCACACAAGAUGCGGAUAAACUCACAAAACUAUUGGGAACCAGUAUUAUUCCAACCGUUCUGUUAUCUCCAUUCAUCAUCUCAUAUUAUGGAGUCAAAGUUUGGAAUACUGCUGGAGGAUGGGGAUUCGGAAUGAUCUUUGCCUAUUUCGCCAUUGGAGUCAUUAUCAACAGAAUUCUGAUCGGUCCAAUCACUCCAUGGGCUGCAAGAGUUGAGAAGGCUGAGGGAGAUUUCAGGUACAAACAUGUCUCCGUUCGAGUCAAUGCUGAGGAGUCUGCAUUCUUCAAAUCCGCCGAAUUUGAGCAUAUGUUCUCGAACCUCUCAUUCGAUGUCCUCUUCAGAAGACUAUUUGCUUUUAUGUGUUGGAGAUUUCCGUCUCAAUUCUUCCAAUCCUUCUUCGACUACUACGGAGGUUGCAUGUCUUACAUUCUCCAACUUUUCCCACUUUUUGUUUUCCAUAUGUAUGACAACUUGAAACCAGCCGAUCUUUCAGGACAGAUCAGUAAUAAUGCAUUCUAUUUCAUCUACCUUAUCAAUUGUUUCACAAGACUCACAGAUUUGGCAAUGAAUAUCGCAGAACUUGGAGGAUAUAUCAUGAGAAGUAAUUCAGAUGUCUCUGAUACCAAGACAUCUGGAGAUGAAAAUCUUAUUGAAGCGGAGCAUUUGUCGUUCGGUCCACCAACAAAUUCGAAUAUCCGCAUUAUCGAGAAUCUGACAUUCAACCUCCCACGUAACAGAACCAUGUUGAUCACCGGAGACAGUGGAAUCGGAAAGACUUCUUUGAUGAGAGUGAUUGCUGAUAUGUGGCCACAUGAGGGAACAUUGAAUAAGCAUUACGAGAAGUCAGAUGCCUAUUUCUUGCCACAGAGACCAUAUUUUCCGGUUGGAAGACUGUCUUUGAAGCAGCAACUUGUUUUCCCGGCAGCGAAAAACGGUCAGGAUUUUGAAAAAGAUGGUGAAAUUGUUCAAAUUCUCAAUGAGUUGAAGUUGGGACAUUUGAUUCAAGUUGUUGGAAGUAUAUAUGAUAAUGUUGAUUUUGAAUGGCAAGAAACCCUCUCUCCAGGAGAACAACAACGUCUCUGUUUUGCUAGAAUGCUGCUCGCUGAGCCAACAAUUGCCUUCCUUGACGAAUCGACUUGUAAUGUGGACGAAGGAAUUGAGAACGCAAUGUACGAAAUGCUCAGAAAGCGCUCAAUCACCUACAUCACAGUCGGUCACCGGAAAUCACUCAGAAGCCACCACGACUUCGAACUCCGUAUUCCAUCAUCGUCGUCUUUCCUUUUCCAUGAAAUUCACAGUCAAAAACUUUAG